GGCGGCGGCGGCGGCGGGCGCUCCCCGCCCGCGGGGCCGGUCGGCGGCCGCCCCCGCGGCCCGAACCCCCGCCGCGCCGUGCCCGUCUACGCCGUGAACUUGCGGGUCUUGUGGCCGCUGGCGACCGCCGUCUGCACCGCGCUGCUCUGCCUCUACCAGGCCCUGCGGGCCGGCGCGGCCGGGGAGGGCGCGGCGGAGGCGGGCUCCGUCCCGCUCCUGAAGGGCUCGGCGCUGCUGCUGCUGGGCUGCCUGCUGGCCCGCUGCUGCGGCGCGGCGGGCGGCGGCCCCAGGCCCGGCGGGGUCCGGCCGGCGGGGGCGGGGGCGGCGGCGGGGGCGGCGGGGUCGCGGCGCGGCGCCCUGGAGAGCUUCUACGCGCGGCAGCUGCGGCUCUCGCCCCACGUGCUGGGCCACAGCAAGGCGCACGUCGGGCGCGUCGUGGCCGAGCUGGUGCGCGCCGCCAAGGCGCAGGGGCUGCAGCCCGGCCCGCUGGCCCUCAGCCUGCGCGGGGACUUCGUGCGCGUCGGCAGCGCCUACGAGCAGCACAAGGUGCGCAGCCCCGACUGCUUCGACAUCCUGGUGCCCCUGCGGCUGCCGGCCCACCUGGAGCCCCAGCCGCGCUCCGCCGACGGGCUGGGGCCGCGCGGCGCCUUCCUCUGCGGCCUGCGGGCGAGGGCCGGCCGGCCGCGCCGCUGCCGGCCCUUCGCCGAGGGCUUCUGCGUGGAGCUGCGGGGCCGCAGCCACCUCUCCUCGGGGCUGGUGCUGCGCUGGUUCCAGGGCCACCUGCAGCGGUGCCUGGGCGCCGUGCAGUACCGGCUGCAGGAGCGCUGCCGCGUCAGCCUCUCGGCCUGCCCCGGGCGCCCGCCCACGCUGCACAUCGUGCCCUGCUCCGACUACGUCUGCUGCCACAUCUCCAUGGCCGUGCGCCUCAUCCCCGCCAUUCCCCUCGGCGACGCGCUCUACCUCACGGCCCUGCCGCCCGAGGGCCCGCGGGGCCCGUCGGCCCCCGAGGCCCUCUGGGGCCUCAACGCCUCGCGGCAGGAGCAGCGGCUGCUGAGCUGGCUGAAGGAGCAGGCCCCGGCCUCCUCCUGCCACCUCAAGUGCCUGCAGAUCCUCAAGGGCCUGCGGGACCUCCGCGGGCAGGGCCUGGAGGAGCCCUUCUGCUCCCAGUGGGGCCGGGUGCUCUCCUCCUACGUGCUCAAGACGGCCCUCUUCUCUCUGCUGCUGCGGGGGCCCUUGGAGGCCUGGGACGAGCGAUUCCUGGUGGAGCGGCUGGAGGACCUGGUGCUGUACCUCAGGGACUGCCUGCGCAAGCAGGUGCUGAUGCAUUUCUUCCUGGGCAACGCCAGCCUGCCGGAGGCCGUGGCGCUGCCCCGCUUCCUCAAAGAAGCCGCCCCCGUGAACUUGCUGGCCGCCUUUGACGGGCCCACGCUGGACCUGGCCGCCUUCCAGCUGAUCAACACCUGGAUCCAGGCCCCGCACCUCAUCAGGAUGUACAGCAGCCCCCGGUACUUGCGACCGGCGCCCGCCCCGUGCCGGCACGUCGCCGAGGCCGGGCAGGAGCCGCCGGGAGAGUGAGCCAGCGGCCGGGGGAGCCGGCGUCGCCCGCGGACCCCGCCGGGGCAGCGCGGGCUCCCAGCCCGCUGGUCCGUCGAGAGCCCGCGUCUGCUGAGGAAGGUGGGACCCGUUUAAAUGUGGUUCUGUGGCUUUGUCCCUGACCUGAGAAAACUAGGAAACCAGAGGCCAGGACUUAAUGAAAUUGUGAUUCUUGUUUUUUUAUAAUCUCAUUGGUUGCUCGUGGGAAAAUUCUGAAGUUGCUGGGGCAAUGCCUUAGUCGAGAAGCGUUACGUUCAGUCGACUGUUUGCAAACCUAACUUUAACAGCCUCAAAAUGACGUUUCUGGAAAUCCACGUUAACUUGUUGUCUUAGUGGCAAAAUUGACCUUUUUCUGAGAUUUGCUUUUUAUGAUGCAAAAUCCAUUUGGGAUUUAAAAAUCCUGUAAGUGCAAACAACACUCUGCCCCCCCCCCCCACUUCCCCCUCAAUGCACCAAGAUGCUCUUAAAAGGUGAUGAGCGCUAGAGCGUGGGUGUUGGAUCACAGUUUGAAAUGCUCAAUGACAUGCUUUAAAUUUCCUGUGUAAUCGAAUACGUUGUGCUGGAUAGAAAUAUAAUGUGUAUGUUAAUGUAAAAUUGAGGGAAGAAGCGAAACCUCUCCGAUAACAAUAUGAAGAAUCUAGUUACACGUUUCUGUGUUCAAGUGAAGGUUAUAUUGAAGGAUUGACGUAUAGAUAAAAGGAAACAAAUAGCACUUUAUUUUCACAAAGGCCUUUUUUUAGGAUAAUUGGCUGCACUAAAUAUUGCUACAGAGAAGGCAUUAGUAUUUUGUUAAAGGAAUGAUGUUUGGAUCAUCCCAAGGAAAACCUUUUUUUAAGGAAAUACUCUGAGGUUCGUUUGUUUGUGGGUUCUUGUUGAGUUGUUUUAUUUUUUUGCAUCUUCAAGUAUUCUUUUCUUAGAAUUUGCUUUACCUCAAGGGCCAACAACAAAACAAAGAAAUUCUGUAAUGUUUUUUGGAACAAACCUUGAACGAGUCCAAAUCUCAGUGCUGUAAGCAGACUGCUGUGCCCUCCUGCUCUCCGGUAGGAGUUUGGUGGGAUUUUUGGAUGACUGCCUGACCAGUUGUCUGAUCGUGGCAGUGUUUUGACCAAAUAACCUGAUGGGAAUUUCUAGUACUGUGCUAUAGCAAAUCGUUAUCUUAUUGCGGGGAGGAGGAAGUGAAAUAUUUCAGGGUACUUCAAAAUUAUUUAGCACUGAUUCAUGGUACAAUGGCAGUCUUAGGCUAUGGAUUCUGGUGUACUCUAAACAUAAACGUUAGCCAGAUAAUUCCCAUUUCUUGCCUGGUUAUGUCCCAGUUACUGGACUAACCUGGCGAGUUGUAACGCAGCCAGCUCUGCAAGUGUCCGUAGCUCUUGGUGCAGGGACCUGGUGUACGGGAACCUGAUGUGUCCCAGGGUGUCAGCAAAUUCAGAAUUUCAAAUCCUUGCUUUAUUGGUCACCUGCUCAAGUAUUUGAUGUAUUAAGACCCAAAAUGUGUUGCUGAAUUGCUGGCGCUCCGGAAGCUGAGCGUGUGCCUUAUUACUCACUGUACUGUGUCCUAGGUGAGCAGUCUGAAAUGAAUUAUAAAUGACCAAGUGUAACUUCUCAGAAGCUUUAGGAUAACUUGAAGUUACUAAUAUAGUCCUUCUCUCCCUGAUGUACAUAGAGGUACCGGUGAGCUUUAUUCACAGUUCUACGCAUCAGAACACAAAACAAACAUUUUCAAAAUCUAUGAAGCUUUAUAAAAAUCUAUUUUUCUAAACGGAAACACUCCCUAGGCAGAUGUUUGCCUACUUCUGUCUAUUUUUUUAACUGCUCUUGCAGUCUUAUUUUCAGGUAAUUAUAGCCUAGGUCACACCCGCAAGUUGGGUUAUUUUUAUAUAUGAAGCACUGUGCUUCUUUCUACAAAUACAAAUAGUGUAUUUAUAGGUAGUAUUGAUCAAAUGUUCUUUGCACAUGGUAUUUAAGGCUAAGUGAGCUACCUUGGUGUUUUGAUAUUUUUUUUUUUUUUUUUUGGUAGUAGACCAUGAUACAUACUAUUUUUGCACACUUGUGCUACUUGGUAUUUGAAAUAAGAUGCGGUUCUGCAGUCGACGCCAUUGCCAUUGAAUCUUUUGCCCAAAGAAGAACUAGAUGACUGGCCCAGGGUAUUGUGGCUGCCUGAACUCGUGACAUAAAAACCCUUUAGCUGUUAAUUCUAGCAUCAUAACCACUUCAGUCAGCUGUUGGCUUGUUUACAUCACUGCAUCUCUGUCUCUGAAAAGUGAUCUUUUUUCUGAAAAGGGAUGCACAUUUGGUGUGUGUUUAGUAUUGCUGCAAUACGUGCAAAUCUGUAAUAGACUAGGUAAGGACUUUCUCACUAAAACGUAGUAAUGCUGGGAAAAGACAGUUGCAUCAGGAAAUGCGUGACAAGGAGAGAUGGUGGAGAAUACAAAUAGUUUAGAAAAUGAAAGUUGAGCUGAGGGGUGAGUGAGAAUGAUGGUAAGCUCUCAGUGAAGACACACUGCAAUCAAGCCAAAGGACACAGGGAUAAAAUUGGAGGAGAGCUAUUGAAAGCAAGGCAGAUUUGCAGUGUAGGGAAAAGGUUUAAGUGGGUUUUGCUUUGACAGUAUUUCCAAAGUGGCUGAAUCCAUCAGGGCUGAACAGUGAGGCAAACCUUCAGUUUAUUAGCCGUGUAGGCAGACCUUCAGUGCGAGUUUUUGCUCAGCAAGGCAUUUAUGAGUUUGUGAUGGCUGGUCAUGGAAGAAAAUGUAUGCAUUUGCUUUAACCUGAGGCUUGGGCAAGCUUUCUUGAGGAGAGCGGGCUUCCUGCCAGUAAGGCAAUGUGCAUGCAGUUGGUGGGAGGUCUGAGAAAAUCUCUUAGACUAACUUGUGGUUCUGUUGUACAACUGAGAUAUCAAGUGUAUUUUCUUUACCUGCUAUAAAGCAUGCAUUCAUGAAUACAACUGAGAAGAAAGCAGCUGAUAAAAGUUGGGUUCUGUUAUGGCAUUCAUCUUACUCCACAACAAACAUGACAGCACUGGUACCUGCAGCGUGCUGGAGCUAUUAUAGGGCCUUACCUGCAAGGAGGUGUACAGAGAACUUGACCUACGUGAAUAAUCCUGUGGGCCUUUUGCCUUCUCCCUCUGCUCCCAACCCAUCGAUACUGUACACAGAACAAGGUUAUGAACAGUAUUUGUUAAGGUCAUAACUGUUACAAUGUAUCGUAGAUUCAGUGUGGUUGCCUCUGUGUGGUAAACGGAAACACAAACACAGAAGAAAGGGCGUGUUAUUUAGUACUAAUGUGGGUUCUUGGUUCUCGUUAUCUGCAACCUAAUUUUGCAAAGACUCUCUGCAAAUGAAGUUGUUUUUAUUGAACAUCGAUUGGGAAGAAGAAUCACACCUGCAAGAGAAUAAGUUUAUUUACAGUACCAAAAUGUAUAUAUAUGGCUUCAUUUUGUAUUGAAAAAUGCUGUGUAUUUCUCAAAGACAUCAUUAUUUCAUAUCUGACUAAAUAGCUCAAAAACAUUCCUCUUUCAAUUUUGAAUUUCUGCAGAGUAAUGUAAAUUUUAACUGUCUGUUUGCAAUGGACAUUCUUGGUACAACUAUUUUUUGCUGGUUAAUAAUCAGACCAAAGAUGAAACUAAGGUGUUCAGCUGCUAUUGUUUAAAAAAAAAAAAAAAAAAAAUGUUUGUAGGCUCAAAGUGUCAGCCCAUUUUAAUGAAACGUUUAUAAAUUCAUUUCCUAUUUAAUAUCAAAAUACAUUUGCACUUUUAUUGUUUCCAUAAAAAGUUGGUGGUUUUGUUUUAAUGUUUCACUGUAGUAAUAAACAGCUGUUUUAAAGCA